UGGGUAUCUAGCAAUACUGUUCUGUUUGCAUGCUCAGGGCAGGCCUGGGAAGUAUAGGAAUCCUCUACUAAGAUGGAUUUGUACUGCGGUGGAAGUUUUCUUUAGGAAAGUACAGCUUCUGAACCAGUUGAUGGCUACCGCCGAGCUGCAGAGCCUCGCUCUUCAGGAACAGAGUGAGACCCCAACAGCAGAAGUGCUUUGGCAAUGGGAAACUAUCUCUGUCACAACAACUCAUGACUCUGAGGCAUCCCGACAGAAGUUCAGGAAUUUCCAGUAUUUGGAGGUGUGUGAACCCCAUGAAACCCUGAGUCAACUCUGGAAGCUCUGUCUUCAGUGGCUGCGACCAGAGAUUCAUACCAAGGAGCAGAUUCUGAAACUGUUGGUGGUAGAGCAGUUCCUAACGAUUGUUCCUGAAGAGGUUAGGACUUGGGUCAAUGUACAGCACCCAAAGAACAGUAAAGAUGUGCUUACCCUCAUUGAAGAUGUGACAGAAAUACUAAAAAAUGAAGAGAUUCCUAGCAAGGACUCUGUCCUCCAGAAGGGGAUCAUCGAGAAAGACAACAUGGAAGCUGACUCGCUCACAGGCGAGCCCCAGGAGCCAUUGACAUUCAAAGAUGUGGUUGUGGAAUUCAGCAAGGAAGAAUGGAAGCAGCUAGACUCUGCUGGAAAGAACUUGUACAGGGACGUGAUGCUGGAAAAUUACAGGAACCUAAAUUCACUGCAUAAAGACAUGGAGGCUGUUCCAGAAGAUGAACAUUUGGUUCCAAAUCAGAGAGUUUCUGGAGAAGAGUCACCUGGACUAAAUGUGACAAAGCUUACCAAGCCUGCACAGCCUUCCUUGGUUAUUUGGAGCAAUGAGGAUUCAUUACAUUGGAACCCGAACAAACAGGAUGUAAAUUUGCCACAAGAACCUUUCAUCUGUAAAUCUGAUUGUGAUGAAAAUAAGGAAAGCUUUAGUGUUAAGUCAGCUAACUCUAUCUGUGAAAUCCAAGAGGGAAUUCCUGUAAGAAAUAGAUGCCCAAAGGAAGUAAAGGUUAAAACUAACUUGAAGUUUAACUUAGCUUCAGGAGAUAGGCAGUAUUCAGAGCAUAAUAACAGUGGAAAUAACUUGAGUCCAUGUGCAACUACUCUUCAUUGGCAUAAUAAGAGUCUUAACGCAGUGAAUUCUUACUAUUGUUACCAAUGUGGAAAAGCCUUUAGCCAGAGUUCAUCCCGUAAUCGACAUCAGCUCAUUCACACAGGAGAGAAACCCUAUGAAUGUAGUGAGUGUGGCAAGUUCUUCAGUCAACGUGCAAACCUUUCUAAGCAUCAAAAAAUUCACUCUGCAGCAAAGGUUUGCCAAAGCAAGAAAUGCGGGAAAGCCUUUGAAAAGAGUGUAGAUCAUCAUGGAAAUGCAGGACUCUGUUCUGGAGGUAAUCGGUAUGAAUGUGUGGACUGUGGAAAAUGCUUCAAGUACAGCUCCUUCCUUAUUCGACACCAAUUGAUUCAUACAGGAGAGAAGCCGUUCACCUGUCAGGAAUGUAAGAAAACCUUCCACAGCCAUUCGAAUCUUCGUAAACAUCAGAAACGUCACACUCAAGACAUGGAGGCUGUUCCAGAAGAUGAACAUUUGGUUCCAAAUCAGAGAGUUUCUGGAGAAGAGUCACCUGGACUAAAUGUGACAAAGCUUACCAAGCCUGCACAGCCUUCCUUGGUUAUUUGGAGCAAUGAGGAUUCAUUACAUUGGAACCCGAACAAACAGGAUGUAAAUUUGCCACAAGAACCUUUCAUCUGUAAAUCUGAUUGUGAUGAAAAUAAGGAAAGCUUUAGUGUUAAGUCAGCUAACUCUAUCUGUGAAAUCCAAGAGGGAAUUCCUGUAAGAAAUAGAUGCCCAAAGGAAGUAAAGGUUAAAACUAACUUGAAGUUUAACUUAGCUUCAGGAGAUAGGCAGUAUUCAGAGCAUAAUAACAGUGGAAAUAACUUGAGUCCAUGUGCAACUACUCUUCAUUGGCAUAAUAAGAGUCAUAACGCAGUGAAUUCUUACUAUUGUUACCAAUGUGGAAAAGCCUUUAGCCAGAGUUCAUCCCGUAAUCGACAUCAGCUCAUUCACACAGGAGAGAAACCCUAUGAAUGUAGUGAGUGUGGCAAGUUCUUCAGUCAACGUGCAAACCUUUCUAAGCAUCAAAAAAUUCACUCUGCAGCAAAGGUUUGCCAAAGCAAGAAAUGCGGGAAAGCCUUUGAAAAGAGUGUAGAUCAUCAUGGAAAUGCAGGACUCUGUUCUGGAGGUAAUCGGUAUGAAUGUGUGGACUGUGGAAAAUGCUUCAAGUACAGCUCCUUCCUUAUUCGACACCAAUUGAUUCAUACAGGAGAGAAGCCGUUCACCUGUCAGGAAUGUAAGAAAACCUUCCACAGCCAUUCGAAUCUUCGUAAACAUCAGAAACGUCACACUCAAGGUCCUAUGUAUUUCAUUGAUUUUGAUCAUUUUUCUCCACUGGAGGCUGAUUAUCAAUUCAUGGACAUGAUGGCAGAUUCUUCAUCUUCUUACUUUUCUGAUUUUGGACUGCUGUUGUAUUUUGAGGAGCUAAACAAAGAGGAAUUCAAUAAUUUCAAGUUACUCCUCAAGCAAAGAACAGAUGCCCUAAUACCCUGGUCUGCAGUGAAGAACGCCAAGCGUGAAGAUCUGGCUAACCUGAUGAAUAAAUAUUAUCCAAGAGAACAGGCUUGGAAUGUGACUCUCCAAAUAUUUGGCAAGAUGAACCUGAAGGGUUUGUGUGAGAGGGCAAAAGCAGAGAUCAACUGUUCAGCGAAGACUAUGGAACCGGAAGAUGUUGAGGAUAAAGAGAUACACAGUGAUCAGGACCUGGUGCUGGAUAGUAGAACAGAAUACAGAAGUCAAAUCAAGGAAAAAUUUAGCCUCCUAUGGGAUAACAGCCCCUUUCUUGGGGAUCUUGGAAUUCUGCAUUAUAGAAUUGCUCAAGAAGAAAAAAAAUUGUUGGAGCAUUUGUUUGAUGUGGAUAUCAAAACUGGUGAACAGCCAAAGACGGUGGUGCUUCAUGGAGCUGCUGGAGUUGGGAAAACACAGUUGGCAAGACAGGCAAUGUUGGAUUGGGCUGAGGGCAAUCUCUAUCAGCAGAGGUUUGCCUAUGUAUUUUAUCUCAACGCGAGAGAGAUGAACCAGCUGAAUGAAAGCAGCUUUGCUGAGCUGAUAUCAAAGGACUGGCCCAGCACAAAAUACCCCAUUGAAAAGAUCUUGUCCCAGCCAAAUAGUCUCCUUUUUAUUAUUGAUAGUUUUGAUGAACUGAACUUUGCCUUCGAGGAACCUGAGUUUGCUCUGUGUAAUGACUGGAGCCAGGUGCACCCAGUGUCGUUCCUCCUGAGUAGUUUGCUAAGGAAAGUGAUGCUUCCUGAGUCAUCUUUAUUGCUGACACUGAGACUCACAAAUGCCAAAAAACUAAAGCAUUUGCUAAAGAAUGAGCAUUAUGUAGAGGUGCCAGGAAUGCCUGAGCUUGCAAGAAAGGAGUAUAUUUGUCGAUUUUUUGAAGACAAGAAUUCGGGUAUGAAAGCAUUCCAUUUGCUAAGAAGCAAUGAGAUGCUUUUUAGCAUGUGUCAAGCCCCCCUUGUGUGCUGGAUUGCUUGUACCUGUCUGAAACAGAUCAUGAAAAAAGAUGGCGAUAUCACAAUGACCUGCCGAACACCCACAGAUCUUUUUACCUGCUACAUCUCUGGCUUAUUCACAUCAGUAGAUGGAUGCUCGUUUAAUCUACCCAACCAGGACCAACUGGGGAGGCUGUGCUACUUGGCUGCUAAAGGAAUAUGGACUAUGACAUAUGUGUUUUACAGGGAAAAUUUCAGAAAGUAUGGGUUAACCAAAUAUGAUGUCUCAAUGUUUCUGGACAUGAAUAUUCUUCAAAGGGACAGAGAGCUUGAAAAUUGCUAUGUGUUCACCCAUCUGCAUGUUCAAGAGUUUUUUGCAGCUAUGUUCUAUAUGUUGAAGGAUAGUUGGGAAACUAGGGAUAAUCCUGCUGACUCUUUUGAAAAUUUGAAGUCGGUGUUUGAAAGCAAAAAUGAUAAGGACUCACAUUUGAUGCAGAUGAAAUGCUUUCUGUUUGGCCUUUUGAAUGAAGAACGAAUAAAACAACUGGAGAAAGCUUUAAAUUGUAAAUUGUCAUUAGAUGUAAGACAAGAGUUACUGCAGACAAUGGAAGUAUUAGGAAAGAGUGAUUAUUCUCCAUCAGAGCUCGGAUUUCUGGAAUUGUUUCACUACCUAUAUGAGACUCAAGAUGAAGCAUUUGUAUGUCAGGCAAUGAGCUAUUUCCCAAAGAUUGAUGUUAAUAUUUGUGCAAAAAUCCAUUUGUUUGUGACUUCGUUUUGCCUCAAGCACUGCCGAGAUUUGCAAACCAUUAAAUUCUCUGUUUCUAUGAUAUUUGAGAAGAUGUCAAGCUCAAGUUGGCUACCUGAAAUAAGGCAAAGUGAUGGUGAAAUCAUUACUCAUUGCUGGGAAGAUCUCUGUUCUGUGCUUCAUACAAAUGAACACUUGAAAGAAUUGAGCCUGUGCAAAAGCAAACUUGAUAAACUAGCAAUGAAGACUUUUUAUCAAGGACUUAGGCACCCAAACUGUAAACCGCAAACGCUGCUGUUGAAAUUCGUCUCCUUCCCUGAUGGUUGUCGGGGUAUCUCAAAAUUUCUGACUCAAAGUCAGAAUCUGACACAUCUGGAUUUGACAGGCAGUGAUUUAGGGGAUAAUGGAAUGAAGUCCCUAUGUGAAGCUUUGAAACACCCAAAUUGUAAAGUACAGAAUCUGAGGUUAGAAUGUUGUGACCUAACUGCAGUUUGUUGCCUGAAUAUAUCCAAGGCUCUCAUCAGUAACCAGAAUCUGAUCAUUCUGAAUCUGUCAACCAAUAAUUUGUUAGAUGACGGAGUAAAGCUUUUGUGUGAGGCCUUAAGCCAUCCAAAGUGUCGUCUAGAGAGACUGUCUUUAGAAAGCUGUGGCCUCACGGAAGUUGGUUGUGAGGAUCUUUCUUUGGCUAUUGUCGGCAAUCAAAGCCUGACACAUCUAUGUUUGGCAGAUAAUAUGUUAGGAGAUGGUGGAGUAAAAUUUAUGAGUGAUGCCUUGGCACACCCACAGUGUACUCUACAGAGCCUUGUGCUCAACCAGUGUCAUUUCACUUCAGCUAGCAGCGGAUAUCUCUCUGCUUCGCUUAUGCACAACAAGAGCCUGAGACAUCUGGACCUGGGAUUAAACAACCUGCAAGAUGAAGGAGCAAAGCUUCUGUGUGAUGUCUUUCGACGUCCAAGCUGCAAUCUUCAGGCCGUGGGGUUGACGGCCUGUCGUCUCACCAGUGCUUGUUGUCUGGAUCUGGCUUCUGCAAUUUCAAACAACCCGAACGUUGGGAGCCUGGAACUUGGUUACAACGACUUACAGGAUAGCGGAGUGAAAAUUCUGUGUGUCGCUUUAAGACAUCGAAAGUGUAACAUUCAGAAGCUUGGGUUGGAGUGCUGUAGUUUGACCGCUCUGUCUUGUGACGCUCUUGUCUCUACUCUCAUUGGCAACCAGAAGCUGAAAAUAAUGAAUCUGACUCAGAAUGCUUUAGGGUAUGAAGGGAUUAAGAAGUUAAGUGAAGUCCUGAGGUCUGCAAUAUGUAAACUACAAGUUCUUGGGUUGUGCAAAGAGGUCUUUGAUGAGGAGACUCAGAAGCUGCUGGAAGCUGUGACACUUAGAAAUCCACGCUUAGUCAUUCAGCCAAACUGUAAGGAUCACGAUGCAGAUGUGUCCUGGUGGCGGUGCAGUGAUCCCAGUGGAGAAGAUGGGUCCUAGAAGCAGUGUUUCUCAUGAGAACAACCUGGCAUUCAUUUUAAAAAAUAAUGAGAAAAGCUUCAGAGUAAAAGGAUCCUUGGGGUCUUAGCUUUAGAUACCCCAGGCCCAAAGUGGGCCUGCCAAGUGGC